UUUGUUCCCUCGAGUAGUUUAUAUAAGACACAAAUUUUAGGUAGGAGAAAUAUAAAAAGAAAGAAGAAGGAUCGACGUUUCAAGAACGGAUAUGGAGAGAAAGGUGGCAUUGGUGAUGGCAUUGAUGUUGCUUAUGUCUAUGUUGGUUUCCGCCGAGGAAGCACCAACGGUUGGACAGCAUAUAGACUCAGCCACAACCAGCGUUGGCAAAUUCUUCAAUGAUCAUGCCCGUCCUGCCAUCGAUUCCGUCGCAUCCGCCGUUGAAUCCGUCACAUCCUCCGUCAAAUCCGUCUACGGCUGGUUUCAUGAUAGAGCUACGGAUUUGGGACUCUAAAGAUCUGCUAAUGAGCGAAGGAAGGGGUUUGGAAAUUAUUUUCAGCCAAUACAGUUUGAUCUCCAUGUACUACUUUAUUUUAACUUAAUAUUAUAAGAAACGAAAAAAAGAUU